AUGAAGAAAAAAAAAGUCGUCAAGCUGAAGGAGGAAUACGUGCCUAAAGGGAACUACUUUAGCAAAGAUGCCCUGCUGACCAACAUCUUCAUGCAGAGCGCGGAGAACGUGCUGUCUGAAGUCGAGUCGAAGAAUUCCCAACUGAUAGUUAACUGCAUAAACAAGUUGCAUAAAAAAAAUCUGCAAACGAAAUUGAAGGCUAUAAAUGAACUAAUUGUACACCUGAGCACGUACGACGAAGACGAAGUGAGCCACCUGUUCUCCUCCUUUGUCAGCGUGUACAAAAAGUUGAUAUAUCACCCGAACUAUGGCUUGAGGGAAAACCUAAACCUGUGCCUGAAGUUGUUCAUAGUAAAAGUUAAGACCAAGAUCAAGGCCCACCUCAGUGUGUUCCUGCCGCCACUCUUUGUGUCCCUCUUCGACUACAGCAAAAAUGUAAAACACAUCGCGGGAGAAAUUCUGCUCAUCAUUUUCCCCCCCAAAGGGAAGACCCAAGAAUCGGGGGCGGUGGAAGACCCAGUCAGGCAGCCUCCAGUAAAGGCAAAAAAAACGAAACCGGGAAAGAUACGCCUACAGGAGGAACUCAAGCUUUACGGAGUGAUAAAAAAUUUGAAGGUCAAUUUGACUAACCUGUAUAACUGCCUCAAGUAUGUUGGAGGUCCCCUCUGUGAGGAAGUCACGAAAAACUUGAACAACAAAAAGAACGACGAGGAUUACGAUUAUGGUGUGUACCUGUUCAACGUGGUUUGUUUUUAUCCAUCCCUUUUGUACAUGCUGGUGAGAAUUGCCAAGGGGUGUGACGACCAGGGGGGGAACGAGAAGCGCCCCGUGGAGGACAACGAUACAACGGCCUCACCAAACCGUAACGACGUCAACUCAGUGAAGCAGUUCAUUCGAACGGAAUUCCCCACCUUCGCCAGCACGUUCAGCCUCUUCUUCGAUGCAGUAAACUCAAUUUACAAAGAAAGCAAAGACAAUGAACGAGUAAAGAAAAUGCUCUUCCUGGCUGUCUACAACAUUAUAUACUUGCUGAAAAAGUAUAAAUUAAAUUACUCCGAUUUUGGUGAAGAAAAAACAAACACAGAAAUCUUCAAUUACAUAUCUUCUGUCAUCAGCAACAGAGAUGAGUAUAUCCUGAAACAUAUAAAUCACUUGUUGCUUUUGUAUUUUUUUUCAGCAAAUAAAAAAAUGAUUAACGAGAAUUUAUUAAAAUGUUAUUUGUCCCUAAUUAAGCAAAACAAAAUUAUGAAGAACGAAAUUUUUAAUUAUAACAUUUCUUUAUUCAUCUUCAUAUUUGAGAAGAAUGAUAUUCGAGAUUUUUUUUUUUUUUUUUUUUUAUAUUUUUGUUUUUACUGCUACAGCACGGCAUGUCAUCUUCGCUGGUUGUUUAUUACGACUUGUUACACCAUUUGCUUGGCUACUUCACGGGGGAAGAGACAACCCAUGUGGGGAGCAGCCUCAGCGAAAGGAAAGAUACAGACAAUCCUUGCUCAAAAAAUUGGCGUACCUUAUAAAUGCUCAUUCGUGAAGGAACAGCAUCUUUAUGAGGCUCUGUCGAAUAUAUACUACUGCCAGAAGAAGAAGCCAAGUAAGGACGGUAAGGAUAAGGAUCAGUUUGAAGAAUUAAAGAGGAAAAUAAUUGCCGACAAGUUGGAGGAUGCUACCUUCAUCCGUACCUACAUCAACUUUCUCAAGUCACCCAGAUGUACAAACACAAUGAUUCUAAGUUGUUUGCACAUGCUCAAUGUGUACACGAGAGACCUGGCGAAGGAGUUGGGGAGAGGUGAUACGAUGAACAGUGAAGCACUUCUUAGUCGGUCUGGAAGUUCCCCCCAGUGUGGUGGAAGCCUUAGCGGAAGGCACAAAUAUCACGAAGCGGUUGAUUUCAUUUUGAACCUUCUAACAGAACUGAAAGGGGUGGUGUUUUUACGAGGGGAUGAAGUGGACAGCCCAGGAGAUGUAGCUAACCAAAGUAAUGCCUCUGUCAGGAUAGCCUUCAUUCACACUUUGAAGUGCACCUUCAAAAUCGCUUGCCUGAUGGUGGAGGAAAGAAAUUACGGUGCCUCUGGUAUGGUGAAGAAGCAUUGGGGGCUGUUGGAGUAUCUCUUAGCGCAGGGGGAAGUGGAGGAUGAAGAGGUUUCGCUGGAACGGGUGUUCUGCGUGUUCAUGGACUUUAUGAAAUGGGGCAAAAGUGGGGACAGAGAAAAGGAGAACCUUUCAGACGGGGCAACCCAUGGGGGAGACGCCCUGUUCAGCUCCCUCGACGUCACUCUGAACCUCUUGGCGUUCAUUUGCUCCAAGGGGGGCAAGUCGUGCGAUGCCCUGGCCAAGUCCCUCCAGGAGGCACUUCUUGGAGGAUCUCCAACUAAAGACACUGUUGAGAAGCAGCUGACCAUCUGCGUGAAGCUGAUCAAUUUUAUGAGGAAGGAGCGCACAAAAUUUUUCGACCUCUCGGAGACUGCCCUGCAAAUAUACAAUUACUACCUCCUGCAGGGUGUGAGGGGUGGAGGUGCUUCCCCUUUUGAGGACAAUCGCAAGGAUUGUGAUGGCCGCCAUGGUCUGGAGUGUGCACCACUGAAGGCGUUUUACGCCGCCGUGCAGUGGGACGCAGAAGACCAUCUCGACCUCUUUGGAGAGCAGUUCUACCAAGGUGUGUUCCAUUCGUAUUGGACAAAAAUGAAUUUGAGUAGAACCCUCCCGGAUGAAGAUUUUUCUUUGUUCUUUUUCUCCUACUAUGUAAUGAGAACGAGGAAGGAGACUAGCCCCCCACUGGACGAUGUCCACCUACAUUUGUUAUUUGCAAUUCUCUUAAAUGUGAAAGACCAACAUGUAGAGAGACACAUGAAGGAAUUGUUCGUGUCGUCAAAACUGAGUAAGGAUAGUACAUUCUCCUGCCUGCAAGUGAUGCGGGAUGUGUACAAGUGGUGUAUGCAAAACGAUGAAGAGGACAGAAGGGGGAAGAUGUUGUGGUCCCACUCCUUCACUUCCACCAUGAACCUGUGUAAGGAUGACUAUGAUGAAAGCGAAAGUGACGACAUGAGUGAAGUGGCCGAGGGGGACAAUUUCAACGUUGGCCUACUUGUGAGUAACUCUUUGGUCAGGCUAACCUACAUUGGUGAGGAGGAGGAAGAAGAGAACACGAACACCGCACUGGAUAGCAGCGAGUUGAAGAGGGAAGACGAGGAGCGUCCCACAAAAGGAAGUGUUCGAGAAGAGAGCAGUAGAGAAGGAUUCUUAUCGUUACGCAAAAGGGAUAUCCUGAAUCCGCGAUUCAUAGAACGACUGCUAAGUGUGUACAAGCUGUAUUACCAAGUGGAGUGUUUUUCCAUUGGCCACUUGAAGGAAUUCACCAUGCUAUGUUUUGACGUGACCACUCCAGGGGCAAGUGAGGAAAAGUCCCUGAAGGAGUCAUACAAGAAUCAAGCAUUAUACCGAUUCUGCAAUUUCUACCAUUUCGCCUAUGCCAACAUAAAAAAUAAAUUUUUGUUCUAUCACAUCGUCUGCUUGAAAGAUAAGAUACAAACAAGUGAGGGAGACGAAAUGGGGAUGCUGGAUCUGCUCAUUUAUGUGUUCAGGCAGCUGGGCGGGAAUAAGAGCAGGAGGAAGAAGUCACAUCCCCACCAUGUGAGCAUAUCAGAUGUCGUGUGCGUCAUGAGACAGGUGAAUAAAUGGGACGUCUUCAACAUCUGUAGGGACAUCAUAACGUGUCGUAGAGGCAGUGGGGGUCUUUCUGCAGAAGCGUUGAGGGAAGUCAUUAGCGAGCUUGACAAUUUUAAGGUGAAGAGCUUGUUCGACUUGCAAGUGAAGGUGUUCCUAUUUGAGGAGUGUCUCUUAUGCGGCGGCAGCGACGGUAGCGGCGGUAGCGGCGGUAGCGGCGGUAGCGGCGGCGAUGGGGCAGAGGGAGGUGUUACCAGGGAAGAUGCCCCCCACCGAGAUGGCAAGCAGUAUGAAGACGAAAUGAUCAAGCUGAAGGAGAGACUGCCGCGAGGUAUGCACACCUACGUGGACAAGAACCUUGCCCUGAACGUGAAAGGAGAGCUACCUUGCUUAAACCUUCUGUACCACUUGAUAUGCAUCAGUAGCAGAUACGAAGAUGUUAAUCUGUUCGAGUGCGCUAUCGUGAGGAGGAAAGUACUCCUAGGGUUGGCCCUGCAGUAUGUUACUUGGACCAACUUUGAUGUGUUCUUUUGUUGCCUCGGCUUUGUGAAGGGCGCCUUUCCGGGGGAAUACAUCCCCCCCGAGCGGGUCGACCUGCCCAAGGGAGUUUUACUGAGUGAAGUACCCCCGACUGAAGCACAGCCAAAUGACGACCCCCCAAGUGACGCCCACCGUGUGGAGGAGGCCUUCUGUACCUUCCUCAGCACGGUAAAAAACUUCUACCGCAAGUUGCACGACGAGCAGAGCGCACUGCAUAAGCAGAAAUGGAGAACCCUAAAUGAGACCCUGACGGGAAGUGGCAUCGGUAGGAAGGGACCCCCCAACACAGUUAGAAGCAAACUAAAGGGACAAAAAAGCAAAGAGAAAAAAAUUGAAAGCAAAAAAAGGGAGUCCCACCAAUUACUACAUUCAAAAAUGGGCUUACACUUUCUAAAGUACAUAUAUAUGAAAUGUGAAAUGGAGAGCAAAACAUAUUUAUUAACAUUUAAGGACGUAAAGAAAAUCACAGCUGAUUUAAUGAAGCUUGUUUAUUUUAUUAUCUCCAUUAGUUGCUGUGAUGGUGGAGUAGUGGAUUGUGAAAUGGUGACGCUGGCUACACAAAUGUUGAAGCUACUUAUAAAGUUUCAUGAGGAAAAUGUCAAGUCGAUUUACAAAAUUUAUUUAUUCUCUCUUCCAGCUAGUAUUACCAACUUUUGUGACUACCUCACGACAGAUAUUUUUCGCUUAAAUGAAAUGAAAUUAAGUAGGUAUGGGUUGACCAAGCUGAUGAAGAAAGUGAUGGACCUGUAUGUAAACACUUAUUACCUGUUCAUCCUUUUUUCAAAUGUGGAAAAAUGCAGGGACAGUAACUUUUUUGUUGACAAAACGUUGAGUAUUCUUCUUAUGAAUUGUCUUUUCUUCUCUGAGCUGCACAAGUUGAAAGGCUCUCACGUUUUUAAAUUUUCCGUGAUCAAUUCCUUUUUGCACAUAAAUGAAGUGGGGAGGAAUUUAUUUUUGCUGUUCGCUGCGGGGGGCGGUGCUGAUGGGCAUGAUUGUCGCGUCUUGGGGGUGGAGCCCGGCGCGGACGCUGCUGCGGAUGCUGUAGCGGACUCUGCUGCACCAGGUGUGAGAAGCGAUAACUGCGUUCGAAGUGACAACCUGUGUGACCCCGCUGAGGAUAGCGAUGAGGCCUUUUGGAGCGAGCCUAACGGAGGCCCUGCCAAAACAAAGAGCAAAGAAUCCCCAGUGAAAGAAGCAAAUGAGGUAAGAAAAAGGGGCCAUCAAAACAGCAGCAGAGAGGACAGUCCCACGGUGAGCCCAACCAAGGUCAUGCAAAAUUGUCAAGAGGAUGAACAUGAGGAUGACCAGAAAGCGGACACACCAGAUAGAUCUGAUGGCACUCCAAACGAUAUUCCUCAAUCUGUACAUUUGUCUCCCCCAACGAACUUCACAAAGAGGGAAGAAAAUUCAAAAAAAAGAAUGAACCCCUUGCAUGCUUUGAAAAACCAACUGAAGAACCCAUCUCUCCUAAUCGACCUUAACAAAAACAUCAUUGAUCUGUAUUCAUUCGUCCUCGACUUAAAUUAUUUGAAGAUCCUUCUCUCCAUGUUAAACAUAUGUUUAUCCCCUGAGUAUUUUAUUUACGAGCCAGAGUUGCACCAGCAGUUCAUGGCCUUCGUGGAAAGUCACAAUUUGUGUGUGGGUGAUUUUUUGAGUGAUAUUAAGCGCGUCGGCCACAUCCUUGAGGGGAGCACAACGAAGAACAAGUGGGAAGGCAGCUCAUCCAGGAAGAAUGAAAUAGACAAUCCUCCCUUCCACAACCAAGACAGAAAAAAGCUGUACAUAUUUCUGCUCGCCCUGCACCUUGUCCUGCGCCUCAUAACGAUUUACCCGAACGAGUGCAUCACCAUAACAAACGAAACGAAGCUACACGAUAUUGUGAACUUCAACAAAAUUCUUUUUUCAAAUAUAAUCAUUGCAAAACAGCUGAACGAACUCAGUCAAAUUUCUAGUGAGUACAUUAACACCACAUUCCAGUAUGACCCCCUUACCAAGACACUAACAUUUAAGUACAAGAUAAAGGAAGACGACAGUGAGCAGUUCGAGGACGUCACUGCAAAGUUGACUUUGAUCUUCCUGCCCAACUACCCGUUCUCGCACAUGGUCAUAAGUGACAGGAUUGAGUCGUUGGACAAGAAGGCCCAUGUGCACAACUCCAUUAAGAGCAUGUACAAGUAUGCCCGGACAGGAAACAUAAACGAGAUGUUCGUAAAAUUUGACAGCAUUAUGAAUGGCUACUUUGAAAAUAAAUCCCAGUGCAACAUCUGUUUCAUGAUUUUGUACGAGACGAAGACUUGCGACAAGGCCUGCUCCCAGUGCGGCACUUCCUACCAUAGCUACUGCCUACACAAGUGGUUCCUGACGUCCCACAACACCAAGUGCCCAUCGUGCCAAAUGCAGUUCACCUAA